CUUAACUAUCGUUUGGAGCAUAUCGAUCGUUCUAUCUAAGCUAUCUACUUGCACCGACGACAAUAUGCGGUGACAAUGGGCAACACAAGCAGUUCACCCAAGAUUUCAGCUCAAGAUCGAGCAAUCCUCGACUUAAAGAACCAGCGCGAUAAGCUUCACAAGUACCAGAAGCGCAUUACAGUCCUCACCGACCGCGAAACUGCAAUCGCAAAAGAAUGUCUCGCUCACGAUGACCGAAGGCGAGCCCUGCUGGCUCUGCGCCGCAAAAAGUACCAGGAAUCGCUCCUCGCGAAGACAGAUAAACAGCUGGAUCAGCUAGAACAACUAACCGGUCAAGUUGAAUUCGCACUCGUGCAGAAGGAUGUCCUUUUUGGCUUGCAACAAGGUACCGAGGUGCUUCAGGCUAUCAACAAGGAGAUGGGCGGUAUUGAGGGCGUCGACAAACUCAUGGGAGAGACGGAAGAUGCCCGGGCAUACCAAGAGGAGAUCAGCCAGAUGCUUUCAGGGCAACUGUCGAACCAGGAUGAAGAUGCAGUAGAAGAUGAACUAGCUGAACUUCAGCGACAAGCUGAAGGUCCUGUUAAGUUGCCUGAAGUUCCUACAGCCCCGCUUCCAAAGGAGGACCAGAAAUACCACGAGCAACAGGCCAAAGAAAGAGCCAGGGCCAGGGCAAGGGAACAAAGCGCAGUUCCAGCUUCUUGAUUUAUCGACCGUGCACUGUUCCUCGAUGGAUUUUUUUGUCUCAUAUGCAAUAGAGAAAGCAUUUUUUGGCGUUGGGGUUGUUUGUUUUGUGUUUAAUUAGAUUGGCAUAAUAAAUACG